AACUUAUUCCCUUGAAAGGUGAGGGUCCCAACCAAGAUCAUGAAUGGGCGUCAACUUGGUGGUUAAUGGACGAAACGUGAGGCGAUUGAUGGAUAUAUGGCUUUUCCGUCCACCAUCUCUACGACACUUCCGAACACGCAUUUCACCCCGGACUUCGAAAUCAGGCAUACAAACGCAUACAACACAGAGAAUUUGCCAAAAGAGCUUGCCAUACAAAAAAAUUCAUCGUUCGUUCUCCGAUCAGAUUCUCCCUCCAUUUCGAUACCCCGCGACCUUCGCCUAGUCCGCCCGACCUCAAUUUCAACAUGUUUUCACUCUUUUCCCACCUUCGGAAGCUCUUCGGGGCAAAACCCGGAGCCGACGAAGCGACCGACGCAGCUGAGACGAACUCAAUCGAGACGACCCAAACGGAUACUUCCUAUUCAAAGGAGGUCGAGCAUCAUCAACCCAUGCCAGCGCCAACAUGGACCCUCCCUCUCUGCGGUCCACUCCUCAACAGACUCCUCCCCAAGAACGGUACCCGCAACGCAACGAACUGCAAUUAUACCAAGGACGACGACUCAAGUUCCUGCGCCAGCAAUACUUACGAGAAGGACGACUUCGUCUUCAUCAACCCACCUACAGAGUCAGCGGACGCCAACCAACCAAAGCCAAACCCGCUAUGCGCCCCCAGAUUCAGAACCGCUCCUGAUGAAACAGGAAGAAGAACGUUCGAGUGGGAUUUUCCAGUGGCAAUUGACAAUAUUAUCCGUCCCAUAGAUAUCGCGUUUAUCGCCGAUCUCUUGGAGAAACUCAGGGACGGCGUCGCGAAGGAUGCUCCCAUCAAUUAUUCGACCCGGUGCAUGGCGCCCCUGAUCAGGACUAGAGUUGCGAGAUGGGCGGAUGGAGUGAUCAAGGAAGUGGAUCAGCGUGUUGAGGAGGAGAUGGCCAAGGUUGAGAGGAUUCGGAGGGAGGCGGAGGGGAGUAAAGAGGAUGUGGAUGAAAUUCGUAUAUUCGUCUAG